AUGGAUAAGGACGCGGUGCCCUCUGGGAGCUUUCUCACACCGCCCGGUGGUGAGAAGCGCGCAGGGCUGCGUUCCCAGCCCUAUUCUGCCUGCUGCUCCUUCCACUGCGCCCGGCGUCUCCCGCGUCCCUGGGAGGACCACGUGGACGAAGCCCUGGGCUUAGCAGCGCAGCCACGCCUGGUUCAAAUCAGGCGUGUGCUGUUUUUCCAGUCCCCUCACAUUGGACUAACACAGAAGACACUAGAAUCCAUCACCAGUGCAAUGUUAAAAGAGCCCCGCUGUCCACAUUUGAUUGGGCAACUGGAGGGAAAACUGCCGCCAAUAUUCAAAAUCCGGGAGAAGGGCCCCCCCGAGUCUCGCUUCCCUUUCUCCAUACACGGCUGUCGCCACAGGUAGGACAACUCUGGACACUACUUUGACUCUAGCCUGGGUCGUAAGAAGAUUUCUCCAGACAAGAGGCAACACAUUUCUAGAAAUUUCAGUCUUUGGGCUUGUGACUACCUUCCGUCUUGUCUUGAUGGCUUUGCAAAUAAGCAAAUAUCCGAUGUGUGCAGGGAGGCCGUGGUAAUCUCCAGUUUCAGGCGCUUCCCAAGACGUUAUAGUGAGAGAUGGGGUGCUUUUAAAUUCAUUCCGGAGCUAUUUAAAAGGAAAAGUAAGACUGGGCAUUGACAAAAAGGCCGUUUUGCCAAAAAUCCUCCCAGAAGAUUCUUGACGAGUUUUAUAAUAUUGCUGUUUCAUCAGACAUUGCAAAAGUAUGUUUUCUGGUCUAGCACUUUGAUUUAAUCUUCAGAAUACUUUUAUGACUUCUCCUAAGGUUGGAAAACAUUCAACUCCUUAUAAAAUAAAGGCAUGUGAAGCAAUAGACAUGUCAAAAGAAGCUUCUAAGACUGUCACCUUUUGGAGAGUUUAAAAAUUAUGCGCUUCCUAUGUGGUCAUGUUUUCAACUUUAAGCUACAAAGAAUACAGAGAAAGCAAGAGGUCCUCUUGUCCCACCUCACCUCUUAUCCU